AUGGGCUGCCGUCCAGUCUCAAGCAGGCUUAUCACCAUCCGCCUAAGGGCAAGUCCAUUUAACAUCACAAUUAUACAGGCCUACGCCCCUACCUCUGACUAUGAUGAUGAUACAGUUGAGAACUUCUAUGACCACCUGCAGGAGGUCUAAGGCUCCUGGAGUUUGCUCGCUACAACAAUAUUGUGCUGGCGAAUACACUUGGCAAACACAAAGUAUCCAAAAGAUGGACAUGGUACAGCCCAAAUGGAGGAUACCAUAACCAGACUGAUUAUAUCAUGGUUAGGAGGCGUUUCAUGUGGAGUGUAAAAACCGCAAAGACAAGAAGUUCCAAGGAGCUGACAUAGGAAGCGACCAUGAUUUAGUGAUGAUGUCUUUUCGGCUGCGUUUAAAGAAGAUAAAAAUGCAGGGCCCCACAAGGAUUAAGUUUGAUCUUGAGAAGCUCAAAGACCCUCAAGUUGCAGAUGCCUUCCAAGCAAUGAUUGGUGGUAAAUUUGCACCACUUAUCUUGCUCGAUGCAGAUGACACAGAAGUGGGCACACUAGUGAACUCCUUCAAUAAAGCAUUGACUGAAUCAGCUGGUGAAAUCGUAGGUAAACGCAGAGCAGUCAAAAGACCGUGGGUCACAACUAGCGUACUGGAUCUAUGCGACGAACGAAGAGCACUGAAGAAGGAGAGACACGAGACAGCAGAAGGGGCAAGAAAGUACAGGGCAAUUAACCAGGAAAUUAAGAAGAGCAUAAAAAAGGCAAAAGAGUCUUGGAUUGAUGCACAGUGUCAAGAUAUUGAAGAUCACAUCAGGAAGAACGAUACCAAGAAGGCAUAUCAGCUAGUUAAAACUCUAACUAGCACAAAACAAGGAAAAACCAUCACCAUACAGGACAAAGACGGGAAUUGCCCCACUGAAACCAACGACAUGCUAAACGGGUGGACAGAAUACUGUGCGAGACUGUAA